AUGGUUAGCUCGGGCUUAAAACGCAAUGCUGAUCAUCUCUCUGGUGCGGCUGCCGACACCAAGAAACCUAAGGGUGGAAGCAUCACCUCGUUCUUUGGAGCUCCCAAGCCGAAAGCUUUGACGACACAAACUGCGAACUCGCCCUCUCGGCUCACCUCGUUCAACAAGGAGAAGUGGGUGGCGUCCCUCACUCCCGAGCAGAGAGACCUGCUGCAAUUGGAGAUCAAUACUCUGGACGACAGCUGGCUUGCCCAUCUCAAGGACGAAGUGGUGACCACCGAGUUCCUGAACCUCAAGCGUUUCCUUAAGAAGGAGAAGGACUCCAAGGCCAAGAUAUUCCCCCCAGAAGAGGACGUCUAUUCAUGGUCCCGACACACCCCUCUGCACAAAGUCAAGGUCGUGAUCAUUGGUCAGGAUCCGUACCACAACGACAACCAAGCUCAUGGUUUGGCGUUCUCCGUGCGACCGCCGACCCGAGCCCCGCCGUCCCUGGUGAAUAUCUACAAGGAGAUUCAGAAGGAGUACCCAGAUUUCAAGUUGCCGCCCAACAAUGGAGGUCUUUUAAUUCCAUGGGCAGAGCGGGGAGUUCUGAUGCUCAACACCUGCCUGACUGUACGGGCGCAUCAGGCCAAUAGCCACUCGAAUAAGGGAUGGGAGCGAUUUACCCAAAAGGCGAUUGAUCUUGUUGCGCGAGUGCGCACCAAUGGCGUGGUGUUUCUGGCCUGGGGUAAUCCUGCUGGGACCCGCGUAGCGAAGGUCAAUCGGCAAAAGCACUACGUGUUGCAGUCGAAGCAUCCCAGUCCGCUGAGUGCUCACGGAGGCUUUUUUGGAAAUGGUCACUUCUUGAAGUGCAAUGAAUGGCUUGCCUCCCGCUAUGGUGAUGAAGGGGUUAUUGACUGGACUUUGGUGCCGACACCAAAGACGGCCCUGGUGGCCUCUCCUCCCACAUCAGACAAGGAAAAUUCCUCGACGCUAGCUAAUGUGCCCCCGACGACAACAAAGACCUCUGGUACCGAUACCAAGUGCACUCUCGAGAAAGAACAAGCAAAGGAUGAGUUUGAUGAUGACGACGCUCUCGAAGCUUUGGUUGAGGCAGAGAAGAGUGAUCCACCUCGGGGGACUUAUUAA